CUUUCUUGGCAUGUUCGCAGUAAGGCAGCAGUAUAGGUUCAUUUACAGAUCAGAACUCAGUCUAGGUCUAGCUCUAAGUCUAACAGCGGCUGUAUUUACCCUAUGAGGUGCAUUUCUGUGUGCAGCACUGCGUGUUUUUAGCCCUCCUGCUUUAGUCCAUGGAGACUAGAGAGCUAAAUUAAUGAGUUUAUGUACAUCGACUUGGAUUGUAGCAGCAUGGCAGUGCACGGUCAGGAGGGAGCCAGACGGGCAGCAGUGAUAGUGGACACUGAACAUGUCCUGCAUCCAAAGAAUGGAUCAGUGAUCCAUUCAUUGAAGACUGAAGAGGAGGGCGAGCUCGUAAAAGAGGAGCUCCAUGAUGCAUCUCCCCUUUAUCCUCCACAUAAACGCCCAACACAGGUACAGCAUCAUGAAGGCAUAGUGGGAGAGCAGUGUGCAGUCCAGGAUUCAGCAUGUGUGGAAAGUCUGUUUGUAGUUAUUAAAACAGAGCCAGAAGAAAUAAAUGCGUCUGCACAAAGUGGUGAAGACCACAGGAUAGCACAGGACUGUGGAUAUGAAGAGGAAAAUGAGGACCACCAGUCUCUCCAUGAGAUAAAGGAAGUGCCCAGUUCGGUAGUUAUUAAAACAGAACCAGAUCUACAGAGACUGAAGUGUGAAUCUGAAAGUGAGAACCAUCACAUACCUCAGCAGGGGGAACCUUACCUGCCUCCUCUCUGUAAAACAGAAGCAGACACUGUGGAAGUCUCUUACCCCCUAUACAGCGGCGCUGGUGAACAGACCUGCAUACAGAUGUGGUCAGUCCAGCAUGUGGACUGUAAGCAAAUACCAGAGUUGAUGGGAGACCAAGAGGAUUCAAAUACAAGUCAGCCAUCCUCAAAUAAUGGGAGCAGAUCUCCAGCUGGCCGACAAAUUCUGGACAAAAAGAUUACCAGAGAAGGAAAGCAUGGGAAACAUGUCCAUCGCCUGGACAAACCCGGUAAAGAACACAGCAGACUAAAGUCUUACUCCUGUUCUGAAUGUGGAAGUACAUUCUCUAAAUCAUCAGCCUUUUACAGCCACAUGAGAAUACACACCGGUAAGAGGCUGUACCAGUGCUCUCAGUGUGACAAGUCCUUCACCCAGUCAAGAUCCUUCAAAACCCACCAGAGAACACACACCGGAGAAAAGCCGUACCAGUGCGCUCAGUGCGGGAAGACGUUCACGCGGACAGACGUGCUCCAGAUCCAUCAGAGGACUCAUACCGGUGAGAAGCCCUACCUUUGCUCUCAGUGCGGCAAGAGCUUCACUCGGUUAGACGUCUAUCAGAACCACCGUAGGAUUCAUACCGGAGAGAAGCCUUACCAGUGCUCUCAGUGCGCCAAGACGUUUACACGCUUAGACGUCUACCAGAAUCACCAGAGGAUACACACGGGAGAAAAGCCCUAUCAGUGCUCCGUCUGCGGAAGGCGCUUCUUGUACUUGUCGAACAUCAGGAACCACGAGAGGACGCACACAGAGGAGAGGCCGUACCGAUGCUCUUUGUGUGAUAAGACGUUCAUUCAGUCGGGACACCUUACCAAACAUCUGAGAACGCACACAGGAGAGAAGACGUAACAAAGCUGUGAAAAUACUCUCUUGUUAAAUCACCCUUUGAUUACAUCCUGUGGAUUAAUAUUCCGUAAUUACACAGCAAACAGUGCAAAGAAGUUAGUCGUGUGCAAAAGUUUUGGCACCCCUGGUCAGUUGACAUUUUGUUGAUUUUUUUUGUUUUUUUAAAGUGAAACACAUCCUCUACAGCCCAUGUGACAAACACAAGGCCCGCGGGCCAAAUCAGUCAUUUCUAUUAGUAUUAGCCCAUUUCACCCUGAGCUGCACUAUAGUUCAUAUUGUGAGCCCCACCCCCUCCCUAGCAACGGUCUGCCAGGUGUCUAGUUCAAGCGAAUGGGCAGCUUUAAAAAAACCUUGCUGUCUAAUGAGGAUAUUUAAAGAGGUUUAACAGUUACCUGCAGCUAAUUUUUGAGUCAUUCAGUUACUCAGUGCCUAUUUUCUGCUGUUGUAGCUUAGACAAAUUUUGAAUAAACAAUAGCCAGUUGGGGUCAUGGCAAAAUAUUACGUAAAAAUAAAAGCACAUCUGACCCAUUUGUGCUGGGAUUUUUUAAUAUGGCCCUCUUAGUCGUUGACUUUGACAACCGUGCUCUACAGAGAACACACUUCUGCACAUAUUAAUGCUCAACUCCUUUCCUUUUUAACAUAUUGGGAAAAAAUACAGCAUAAGACGUGACUUGUACGUAAGGAACAUUUUACAUAUUAUGUUACAUCUUCUCAAUAUUUUAAAUUCGGCAAAUAAAUAGAAAUUGUGCACUAAAAUUUGCACAA